AAGCAUGUCUUAGACUAAUCUAAAAUUAUCAUGUUAAUAAUAAUAAUAAUAAUAAUAAUAAUAUUAAUAAUUUAUUAUAAUGUAUACAAAAACUCAGCUGCUAUAUAAUUAAUAAACAACUCAUUAUUAUCCAUAUUACAGGCGACAGCGUCUCCAAGUCCAAUAUGAACUACAUACUUAUUGGAGUGAUUUUGGGAAUAAUUCUGUUGCUAUUCAUCAUUAUUGCUAUUAUCUGUUGCUAUAGAUAUAAUAGAGGUGGAAAGUAUCCAGUUUAUGAGAAGGAACGUCUACACGGAAUACCAGAUGAAGAUGAAGAGAGUAAUGCUAAAGAUUUCGGCAGACCAGAUGAUAUGCCAUCAAAAAGACGGAAGGGAGGCUCUAUUGACUCUAAAGGGAAUUUAAUCGAUUCAGAAACAGAUUCUCUGGCAGAGUAUGAUGAGGAUCCCGAUCCGAAUACUUUUGGCGAAGACGGUUCGUUUAUUGGCCAAUACGGUGGCGAUAAAGUUCCAGAAACGCCUGAUAUCAAUCCUCCCAACGCUCUAUCCACAUUCGUAUAGUGCUAUUCAAUUUUAUAGCGAAAUAAGAAAAUGUAAAAAAAAAAAAAAGCAUAGGACAAGAACAAAAAGAAAGAAACCUUCUAUCUUUAUACAACAUCCAUUUUUAUUUUCUUUUUUCGGAAAUGUCAACCGACUCUAGUCAACAUUAGAAACGUCGGCCUAUCUAUCCAUAGUAAAAAAGAAACAUCUUCUCUCUUACUUUCAUUUGUUUUUUAGUUUUUUCUUUUUAAAAAAAUGACUAUUAGUUCUUUAUUUUCAUUUUAUGUAUACGUUUAAAAGAAAACAGACAAAAAAUAGCACGAACAAGUUUGCUUCUAUUACUAUUAAUACUUCUUAUUCUUAUUCUUCUUCUUCAUCAUCUUCUUCUUCUCAUUUUGCAGUAGAAGAAAAAUGAACAAAGUGCUUGACAUAAUUAUAUUGUAAUAACUGUUUUUAAUCUCAUUUUUUUUUAAAAAAACAAAAUGUUCUUAUUUUUGCAUAUUGGUGCUUAUAAAAAUUGUUUACUUUAAUGUAUGUUUUUUUUGUUUGUUUGUUUACAUUUUGCGUUAUUUCUUUUUUCCAUUUAUUGACGGAGAAAAAAAUAUGCAUUAGCCUGUUCUCUCUUUAUAAUCAUACAAAUCUUGUAAAGAAGGCAAAAACUUUUUUUGUCUAUUUGAAAACAAAAAAAUGACCUUCAUUCUUUUGUUUUAUUAUAUAUAUAUAUAUGUAUGUAUGUAUGUAAGUAUACAAUAUAUAUUACAUAUAAAAAAAGAUGCUAGUUUCGUUCCUUUCUCUCCUCUUUUUUUUCUCCUGUUUAUUUGUUUUUUUUUCUUUUUGCUUCUGUUUGCUUAUAGAUGCCUUUUUUUUUUAAAAAAAAAAGAAAAAGAAUUAUCUACAAAAAGGGAUGAGGAGAAAAAUCUUACUCCUACUUGCCCGAAUAACGAUAAUAACAACAACAGAAAUGUGUCUUUUUUUUGCUACGGAUAUUAGUUUGAGUAGUCUCUAUGUGCUUCACUUUUAUACAAAAGCAUAAGAAAGUGUACCUUCUGAUAUUUUUCUGUAUAGCUUCUCUGUGUGAAGUAUUCCAACAUAACAAUAUAUAUAUAUAUAUAUGCAUAUGUAUGCCAUCUAUUGUUUUUUUUUGUCUUUUUUUACAUAAAACAGAAGAAAAAUUCAA